AUGUUCCAGAGAACCUUCCUCAGACAGGCCCAGCGGUCCCUCCGCUCUGUGCGCCCUACCUCCAUCAACACCUCCGCUCUCCGUCGCACGCCGCAGCUCCCCCAGGCUGUCCGCCCAAUUGCUCCUCAGUCGGCCUACCGGUUCUACUCUACUGAGAACAAGGCCGAGAAUGGCGAGCAGAAGGAGGGUGAAUCUGCCCAGGAGGCUGAGGACCCCGUCCGCAAGGAGCUUGAAGAGAAGAAGAAGGAGGUCGUUGAGCUGAAGGACAAGCUGCUCCGCUCGAAGGCCGACUUCCUCAACCUGCAGGAGCGCACCAAGCGUGACAUGGAGAACUCUCGCAACUUCGCUAUCCAGCGCUUUGCUGGCGACCUCCUCGAGUCCAUUGACAACUUUGACCGCGCCCUCCUUGCUGUUCCCAAGGACAAGCUCGAUGCUCCCCAGACUGAGGCCAACAAGGACCUGUUGGAGCUCGUUUCCGGUCUGAAGAUGACUCAGAACAUCCUUCUGAACACCCUGAAGAAGCACGGUCUUGAGCGCUUUGACCCCAGCGAGCCCACUGAGGAUGGCAAGACCCAGAAGUUCGACCCCAACCUCCACGAGGCUACUUUCAUGGCCAAGGUUGAGGGCAAGGAGGAUGGUGACAUCAUGUACACCCAGAGCACCGGUUUCCGCCUCAACGGGCGCGUUCUUCGCGCUGCCAAGGUCGGUGUCGUCAAGAACUAG